UUAGUCACACCCUCUGUGUAUUCGUAGAUUACACUUUUCUUAUCGACAGUUUCAUCAAUUAGUUUUUCUAAUGCUAUGUUUGUUGGAGAAACAGGAGCGAGUUAGGUUUUAUCAAAUGUGCAGGAAACAACAACAAAUCGCCACUGAUUAUCAAGCCACGAGUUACGAUUCAAUCUGAAGUUACAGGAGUUUCUGGCAAUGGCUGAAAAGGUUGUGACACAGGAGCAGCAUGAUGAACUUACGGAAGCUCUUAACGAUCUGUUUUCUAACGUUUCGACUAUGAUAAAAGGCGAUCUUCAGGGUACAAAUAACAUCCUCAAAUUGUUGGAAAAUAUGAACCUCAAAGUUGCAGAAGAGUACACAGGCUUUGGUGAUGUUGCCUCUGGUUUAAGGGUAUUUGUGGAACGAUUGAAAGCCAAAAGUGAGAAUUUCGACGAGUAUGUUCGGCAAAUCGAUGCUAUUGAACAGCAAGUGACUGAUCUUGAAGCUGUAGUAUCUAUGCUCGAUAAAUACGUUUCCUUACUAGAAUCAAAAGUUCAGUCUGUUUACAAGAUGCCAACUUCAUCACCGUGAUUUGCACAUAGUUUUGAAGAGCUUGAGGUUCGACAGAUUCUUAUGACUAUGCUGCUGUCUGUAUGCGUGUGCACUGCUCAUGUCGUUUCCCAGCAUUAUUCUUUGCAUGUUUAGCAGUUUUUAUUUUGGGUAUUUGUAGGUGCAUUUAUGAGCUAAGGUGGUGGUGAUUCGAAAUGUGCCAUUUCUUUUAAUUAAUUUUUAGUUUUCUUGAUAUAGGACGAAAUUGAAUUUAUGUUGUGAAUGGAGUGCAAAAUGACAAGUUAUUGCGAGCGCAUAAAUCUCGCAAGUUCUAUAUGUUUAUGAGGUUUUAAGAAAUGGUAAGAUCUACUUUCGAAUU